UGUCAACUUGCGCAAUUUUGAUAAACAAUAGAAAAUCAUGAUUUCAAGUAUAAUUAAAAAUGCAUUACAAAGCCAUGCUGUACGUUCUAAUUACAUCAAUCAUAUAGGAAAGAUUGCAUUUUAUUCGAGUAGUCAGAAUAAGAAUGUCCAAAAGGACGAACAAGGAGGUGAGAGACGAAAAACCAAACCAAUCCCAAGAAUUUCUUUAAUUUAUGAAGAUAGUAAAAUGGAAGUAAUUACACUGGAACAAGCAAAAAAGAUAGCAGAGAAGCGUAAACUAAAGUUGGUUAAUAUUAUUGAUUACGACACAAAAUCCAGUCGUCCAGUUUAUAAACUUAUGACAAGCCAUGAUUAUCAUUCAGAAGAGCUUAAGAAACGUGAAGAGAAGAAAUUCGCAAAGAAUCAACCGCAUAUUAAGUCAGAGAAGCUAUUGUCAUUAAGCACUAAAAUUACUGAGCAUGACUUGCUAUCUAAAGUUAAUAAAUGCAAGAAAUGGGUUGAAAAAAUGCACGAGGUUCGAGUUGUAGUCUCUGCUGAUGAUAAUGACAUGACUAAGGCUGAAAAGUUAUGUGGAACAAUAGAAAAAGAAAUUAAGGAGGUCGAUGGUCGAGUUUUGCAGAAACGAUCAAAAGACAAUUCGAUUAAAUUUACAAUUAUGCCAACAAUAAAGAAGGAAGAUCAGCAUGUUAAAGGCACACAUGAUCAGCACGAGAAGAAAUUUUUAGAACCAGAACACAUUAAUAUGCAGCAAGUUAGAAGCGUUCAUUUAAUCUGACAAUUACAGCAUUUUUGUCACCAUCAAGUUCUAUUAAAUAGCACUAGUAAUAAUUGUAGCAAGGAAAUGUGUACGAAAUGCGAUAAGGGUGACAAAAAAACGGCUUUGAAGAAAUAUAGGAUAGCUGCUUACUUUAGCAUGUUCCUUCUAGUUAAAUAUUCAUUUUGGUCAUCUGUUUAUCAUAGCUUCCAAAACCGUUAAAAACGGAAUUUAUUAAAUUUUCAGUAAAAAGUACUUUAAUUUUAAUAUCAACUUGUUUUAAAUGA